CAGCCAGUCUGGAGCCUAUCCGGAUUUUUCACGCGGCAGCCGAUACAUUCCAGGAUGAUUUGUGAAUUGAGGUCUGAUAGCAAGAGGCCGGCCUCUAGGGACCUUUGUUUUUUUGGGGGGGGUAUUUUCUACAUUUGGGUCUUUGGCCCUCUGGAAGGAUUCAGUUCAUUUAACAUGAGGAUUACUCAGGAGGCACCCGAGGAAGCGGUCUGCUAAAACUAAGGGAAGCGGAUUCGGAUGGCUUACCGAGUCGUCG